AUGUAAUCUCAAGAAGAUUGGUUUGGUAUCCCCUCAACAUUUUGACAAGCAACAAUUCGCGUAGUCAGAGAGAAGAAGACGGUUUUUAUAUUAAAAAGUCCCCAAAAGUCCUCAUAAUUAGUGCGAAAAAAUACCUCAAGAUGCCUGCCGCAACAACACCGACCGCGGCGAAAAGUGAGAAGGAGGACAACCUCUGGAUCGGCCUCAAGCACUAUAUAAUGCACGAGAGGCAACUCAAGAAACAAGAGCUAGAGGCUGAAGUAGAGGAGGAGCGCUUGCGAAAGGAACGCGAGGCUAGGGAGCGGCAGGAUGUUAUGACACUAGGAGAAACACGGGAACAAAUUCAGAUUCUCGAUACGAAACUUCAGGAGCUUAAGAACAAAAAGCAAGAACUUUUCCUUAAACUCAAAAUUGUCCUCAAUCAGGAUGAGAUUAGGAAGAAACAUCAGCAGCAGAUGGAAACUAUUGAGACACUUAAGGCUGUGGUUCAAGGUGGAGGUCUUCCACCUCAACCAGGGUCACAUGCUCAGCUCUUCAUGCCGCCCAGAACUAUGCAUCAACAAGCUCUCAUCCCCAAAAUCCAGCAGGCUGGUCCUCCUGUUGGUGUACAGGGUGGACAAGUUAAAAGACCCAGGAGUCCUUCCCCAACUGCACCUCAGCAGGGUUAUUACAAGACAAACAGCAACCAGGGAUACUCACAUCCUAUUAAAAUUGAAGAAGGCCGAAGAACUGGAGAUGUUAUGGGCAGAGCAGUUCUGUGGAAUAAACCAACUCAACAGUAUACAAAUGCCCCGGGUACUUUGUUCUUCCCAACGGCCAAUCAAAAUCCCGCUGAGACACGCAACCAAUCCAUCAUUUAUCCCAAUUACACCACGAAUCUCAAUAUGCCACAGCAGAACCUUCGUCAGAGCUACCAUGUGGAAAUGGGACAGCCUGGUCAGGGACAGAUGAAGGGUGAGAUGACUGUCAAGCCAAUCGCAUCAGCUCAGGCACCUCCACAGUCACAGCAGCAGCGCAAUCACCAGAGUCAAGUGACUUUAGAAAAGAUUUCGGAAAGAGCUCCCGCCCAGGCUCCAACGUAUCAUCACGACGAACGCAAAGAUAUUCGUGCACCACCUCCUGGGAUCGUAUACACCACACAACCUAUGCGUCCUGGGCAGAUUCCGAUGCCGUAUCAGCAGCAACAGCCCAAGCCCCAUUAUUCCCGGCAUCGCUACUAAAGAUCCCUAAGGUGGUCUACUAAGCUAUUAAUGAGCCGGAUAUAAAUACAAUGUACGUACACAAAACUGCUAUUUUGACUUCAGUCUUGCAAAUUAUGGUACUCUCGGGGCCUUUAUGAUAGCCUGACAGGAUCUGUAUUUAAUGAAAUUAUAGGAUAACUUCAAAUGGAAA